CUGGCUUUGGGACUCAGAUUCUCAGAGCUCCAAGAGAGCGGUUGGGUAGUGCCAUGGCAGAGGCUGAGACUAAGACUGAGGAAUGGACGAAGACCCGUGGAUGCAGGAAGAUUCUCCAGACCCUCGAGGGGGCUAUUGAGCAAUUCAAAUUCCAUUCCAGUCUUACUAUUUCAGAUGACUUAAAGGUUGGCUUCUUUACUUCAGACCAUACUACUCAGACAGACUGCAGUGAAAUUUUUCCACUGAAAGAUUUGACUCAAUCCACAGAAAAGCUAAUGAGUACUAUUACAUCACUUCAUGUGGAUUUUGGGUUCCUCAAAGAUUUGGUUCAACUGAAGUUUGAGGAGCGACUUAAAGAGGAGUCUUGGAAAAUUGUUGGUAUGCUCUGUGACAAAAUGUUAGAGAUGAAGAAGCAUUACCAGCAGGGAGAAGAUGUCAUGAGAAAAAGCUUUCAACAGCAGCUAUGUGAUGCCAUAGCUGUCAUCAAAGGAAUGUACCAGAGAUUCUUCGAAAUAGAAGAUGAAAAAGCUGCCCUGCAAGAUACAGCAGAUGUCAAAAUGAAAGUUUUGACAAGAAAACUGAGAGAGAAAGAAGAAAUUAUUAAGAAUUUAAGGAAUGAAUUAGAACUAUAUGAAGAGUUUGGAUUUAAAAAAAUUGACUCUUUUGUCAGGGAGCCCAGCUCUCCAAAACCAAUCUCAGAAAAGGAACUUUUAGAUUACAAGGCAGAGAAUGAGAGGUUGAUGCAAAUCAUCACAGUGCUUGAGGAAGACACACAAGCGGCCGUGAAAGAAAACGCACUACUAGAGGAUGAAAUUAUGUAUCUGAAAGAGAUUUCAGACCAGGAUCAGCGAACUAUUCAAAAGUUAAUAGAUAGUAGAGAGAGACUAAGGUAUGAGCUGGAUUGUGAAAAGCUAGCCGUUCAAGACAUGAUCAACAGACAGAAAGAUGACAUUGAAAUUAAAAAGAAGUAUGCCAGUAUAAACGCGCGUUUUGCCACCAAGAGAGUAACAUUGAGGGGCAGAGAUACUUCUUUCCACUUAGCACCACGUCAAGUCAGAGAGGGAUCACAGUUUCAUCGGCCUCCUUCAGCUUCCCUCAGUGUAUCUCCAAAGUUGAAAAAGAAGAUGAUGAAGAAAUAUACUAGUGCUACAGAUGUUCCUCCUGCUACUGUCACGGAGACAACGGUCACUGUUCCUGCCAUGAGUGAAGGUUUUUCAAGUCUCCUUCCAAAGCCUUCAGACAAGCACGUUACAUUUCUGCUACCUAAUGUGGUGCCUGAAGAAUUAUUUCUGAAAUAUCAGUUGGCUAAGGAAGAAGAAAAAAGAGCUUUGGAGAAUGAAAUAAAUAUUUUGAAAACUGCAUUGGAGGAGGAGGGAAAGACAUUGGAAAGGUUUAAAAAGGAUGCUGAUCAGGCCAACAAAAGUUGGGAGAAGAAAUUUCUCAUCCUCAGGAACAGCUUUCACAUCCUAAAGAAUGAGAUGUUCACUAGACAAGCACUUUACCGGCAGUGUGCCAUGACUAGUGAUGCCUCCUUCAACUAUACUAAAGUUAAGCCCUUGUAUGUGCACUCCACUAUGAACAUGGGAGAGCCAACCUCUCCUCCAAAUGUUCCUCAUGCACCCAUGGUGGAGUCCAGCUAUGAGAACACACGCAGCAAACAGGUGUUGCCAGGAGUCACCUUGUAUUCUAGGAGCAACACAGAAUCCCUGGACAGAGAGGAUGCUGACACCAAAAAGGAUCGUUUUCAGUGAUGAUGAGACUGCAUCUUGGAGCAAAGGUAAUCAUCUGAGGACAACUGCCUUAGCUCUUCAAGCAAGAAUGACCUCUUUAGAUCAUCCCAAAGUACCAGAACCGAGACAACAUUCAAAGAGGCAACACUUUUAUCAAGACAGCUUAAUCAUGUGUUCUUCUGGCCCCGUGGCACAAGUCUUUCUGUUUAAACAUAAAGCUCAUGUCUAUACCCCAAAGGUGAACAUGGGGUCAAUGAACCCCUUUACCUGUUCUUCCUACGUGACCACAUUAAGUAAAUCUCUUUCCUCUGCUCGUCC